CGCUUGCGCGCUUAGGGCGCCUGCGCAAGGGCGGAAAGGAAGAAGAUGGCGGCGCCAAGCUUUCCCACGCCGCUGCACGGGCAUGUGGGCCGUGGCUCCUUCAGCGGUGUGUACGAGCCCGCGGAGGAUACGUUCCUACUGCUGGACGCGCUCGAGGCGGCGGCGGCCGAGCUCACCGGAGUAGAAAUAUGCCUUGAAGUAGGAUCAGGGUCUGGAGUUGUAUCCACAUUCCUAGCUUCUUUGAUAGGUCCUCAAGCUUUGUACAUGUGCACUGAUAUCAACCCUGAGGCAGCAGCUUGUACUCUGGAAACGGCACGCUGUAACAAAGUCCACAUCCAGCCAAUAAUCACAGACUUGGUCAAAGGCUUACUACCAAGAUUGAAGGAAAAAGUUGAUCUUCUGGUAUUUAAUCCCCCCUAUGUCGUGACUCCACCUGAAGAGGUAGGAAGCCACGGAAUAGAGGCAGCUUGGGCUGGUGGCAGAAAUGGUCGAGAAGUCAUGGACAGAUUCUUUCCUCUGGCUCCAGAUCUCCUUUCACCAAAAGGAUUAUUCUAUUUAGUUAUCAUUAAAGAAAAUAAUCCAGAAGAAAUUUUGAAAACAAUGAUGACAAGAGGCCUACAAGGAACUACUGCACUUUCCAGGCAAGCAGGCCAAGAAAUCCUGUCAGUCCUAAAGUUCACUAAGUCCUAAUUUACAGUGUGUGUGUAUAUUAUAAUGAAUAUAUAGAGAUAGAAUAUAAUCUGCAUACCUUGAAACAAAAUCAUUUCUUGGUUAACAAGUAAAAUUGUCAGAAAUUUGUCAUACAGAAAAAGCUGGAAAUGUAGGGCAUUCCCUUUUACUCAGGAAUCAAGGCUGAGAAAUAUUUGCGUAAAAUAAUUUACAUUUUAUAUAUAAAAGAUGUUUCUAUUACAUAUGAAAGAAUAUUCAUUUCAGCAUUGCCUGUAAUAGCAAAACAAUGAAGUCUACCUAAUGUACAUCAGUAAAUGGAUCUGUAAAAUAAAUUACAGCAUAUUCAUGUCACUGAACAUGGGUGAUUUAUCUAGCCAUUAAUUAUGAGUCAGGUCUGUAUGUACUGAAGCAGAAGGGGUUCAUGAUGUACUCUGGAGUGAAAAACAAGCUGCAAAACAGUACUAUCAUAUCAUUAUCAUAUUUUGGGAAAACCAACAGAGAGUGUAUCCUUGUUAUAAUAAAAUCUCAGAAGACAAAUGACAAGAGAGAACAGCGACUUCCACUCCUGUGGUAGCAUUUACACAAUAAUAACAUACUGUAUAUAUUUUUUAAGUUUUUUAUCUAAAAUUUCUUUAAAUUUACUUCCUCUUGCUCAUGUUAGAAAAAGCAUAAAACCUAAAUGUGAUUUAUUCCCACCAGGACGUUUAAACAUUUUA